AUGUACUUUCCAGACGACGCUGUGAUUGACUUUUCUCAGUAUGCAAAGCGACUCUUGAAAUCUCUUACUUCGAACGCAGAUACAAACGUGACUGUCAUCUUCGAUACCAAGGUGACGGAAGUCGUGGACAAUAAGCCAUCUGAUGGUGCCGUGAUAUUAGAAUCAGGAGAAACUUUGAAUGCAAAAGAUGUAGUUGUGACAGGCGCUUUGGGAUUUGCUGUGACAUUAAUCAAGCCGUGCUACUCGUACCUGGCGCAUGUUCACGUCGAUAAUCCAAAGUAUGACAAUGUCCAAGAAUUGGCUAACUUUUUUACUUGGGGCUACAGCCAUGAUUGGUGCUUUACUCGUACAAAUGGAGUCUGA